UUCACAUCAUGAAGCACUUGGGACUUGUCUUCAUUGCAUUUGUUCUUUUUUACUAUGUUUCAGUUGAGGGUAUUUGGUCUCCUUAUCUGUGUGAAAUUGAUAUCAAUCAAACUUCACCCUCUUUUGAAUAUUUCAUGUUUGUUCAGCAAGCUCCAGCAGCCAUUUGUCUGUUCACUCAAUGCAAUAAGGAAUAUAACGAAAACACUAAACUAUGGACCAUUCACGGAUUGUGGCCAUCAAAUCCCUCAAACCGAUAUCCAGAGUAUUGUGAGCCAAAGCCUUUUGACAUAUCUUCAUUAUCAUCAAUAUUAUUGGACAUGGAGAGAUAUUGGCCAGGAUUUAUCAAAGAUUCAAUUAGCUUUUGGAGUCAUGAGUGGUGUAAACAUGGCACAUGCUCUUCAUCGGUCAAUUUGUUAAAUACGCAAUACAAAUAUUUCAAAACCGUGCUGGACAUGUAUGAGAAGUAUAACUAUGAGACUAUCCUUAAGAAUAGUGGGAUUGUCCCAUCUUCUACUGUAGAAUAUGAUAUUCAUGAUUUCCAUCAAGCAUUUCUCAGUUCAAUCAAUGUUACAGCAUUUUUCCAGUGCAACAAAACAACUGAAAUGCAGUAUCAGAUCAUUUACCAGAUUGCGGUUUGCUUUGACAAACAACUGAUGCCGAUUUCAUGUGGAAAUAUGUCUGCAAAGGAGAACAACACCUGUGACGAAUCACAUAAAGUCCAUUAUGAAAUUCCCUAAUGAACUGUUGUGAAUAGCAUGUUAAAACUGAAAGCUUUAUGCUAUAAAAACAUUCAUAAUACUUUUCAAUGCUUUUAUAAGCCUUGUUUUGUACAUUAGUUUUAUAAUCUCCAA